AUGAAUUGGAUAGGGUUGCCUGCACUUCUUCUUCUGCUGUUCUUAAGCAAUGGAACAUCACAGUCCAUCAUCAGGACUCUUCCAGGUUAUUCGGGUACUCUUCCCAUCAAACUUGAAACCGGAUACAUUGGCGUGGGAGAAAAUGAUGGCGUGCAGAUAUUCUACUAUUUCAUUAAGUCUGAAAAUAAUCCUAAAAAUGACCCUCUUUUGGCUUAUCAUCCCUCGCCUAUGAAAUUGGCGAAUACUCCAACCAAUGAAGCUGGUUGUACUAAUAUUCCGCAUCUGAGCCUUCUAUUUAAGAGAAAAAAAAAAGAAAAAGAAAAAAAAGGUCCAUUAACUUUUGAUGUUGCAAAUUUUGAUGGAAGCUUACCAUCUAUUCUCCUAAAUCCACAUUCAUGGACCAAGGUUGCCAAUAUUAUAUUCAUUGAUUGGCCUGUUGGUACCGGAUUUUCGUAUUCAAACACUUCAAAAGGUGACUCUUCCUCAGACACAAAAUCAGCGAAAGAUAAUUAUACAUUUCUUAGGAAGUGGUUAUUAAAUCACCCCAUGUUUAUAAAAAAUCGUCUAUAUGUUGCUGGUGAAUCCUAUGGAGGCAAACUUGUUCCCAUGGUUGCUAUGGAAAUAUUACUAGGUAACGAAGCGGGAUUGCAGCCACGAAUGUCCCUCCAAGGAUACAUCAUUGACAAUGGACUAACAGAUCCAAACAUAGAUUAUAAUGAACGAAUUCCAUAUGCUCAUCGCAUGACACUUAUAUCUGAUGAAUAUUUUGAGUUAGCAAAAGUUAGCUGUGAUGGGAAAUAUGACAAUCCAGAUCCAAAUAAUGUGAAAUGUCUUUUAGCCCUUCAACCUAUCCAAGAGUGUGUAAACCAAGUAAAUCAUGCUCAGAUAUUGGAACCAAAAUGUAAAUUCAUAACACCAAAACCAUAUGAUUUUGGACGGGAUCAAACAUUUCGGGAAGACGAUUUUGUUGACCACCUAGUCCUCCCAGCAUCUGAACAAGAUCGAACGUUCUGUCGGAAUAAAAAUUAUGCAACAUCUUAUGUUUGGGCAAAUGAUCCAACUGUCCAAGAAGCUCUUCAUAUUAGAAAGGGGACAAUAGGAGACUGGACGAGAUGCAACCAGAGCUUAUCUUAUGAGGAGAAUGAAGAAAGUGUUCUUCAUUAUCAUAAAAUUUUCAGCAAGAAAGGAUUCAAUGUUUUAAUAUAUAAUGGUGAUCAUGACAUGUUUGCACCUUAUAUGGGUCCUUUAAAAUGGAUUCGCAGUCUCAAUAUGACUGUUGUUGACAACUGGAGACCUUGGAAUGUUAAUGGCCAAGUUGGAGGAUACACGUUGAAGUAUAAGAAGAAUGAAUUCAACCUCACAUUUGUAACAGUGAAGGGUGCAGGUCAUACCGCACCAGAGUACAACCCUAAAGAAUGUCUUGUAAUGUUAAAACGAUGGCUCUCAAUACGUCCGUUAUGGGAAUGGAUAGACAUGCAUGUUUUAAGGUUCAUUUGUUAUGCCUUCUUAGCUUGUAAACUUAAUAAAUAUGUUCAUUUUUAA